UGAUACUUAGUGAAUCCAAGGUGAAUAAUGGUACAUCUUGAUUCUUUUAAGUGUAAACCGUAACAGUUUAGAAUUAAACCAUAGAAAUACAUAAACAUGGAGAGUGAGAGAUGAAGAAAGAGAGAGAGUGCUUGAUGCAUAUGGCCCCAUGACAUCUCAUCAAACCUCAGAUGUCCUACUGAUGUGAUCGAUAUGUUCCACCACCCUUUUCAUCAUCCCUGACCUCCUCUUCUUCAGAUCUUCGUUCACCGAUUCAUUCACAAAAUUCAUCAAAAGAACUCCACUGUCUUUGAUGAUCUAAAUAUGUCAUAUGACAGAGGAAAAGAAAUUGCAGAUCAUGGAUCAUCUGGGGAUCCACCAUCACCUUCUCCUAGCCGCUACGAGUCCCAGAAGCGAAGAGAUUGGAAUACCUUCGGACAGUACCUGAGGAACCAAAGGCCUCCUGUACAUAUCGCCCACUGCCACAGCAACCAUGUGCUCGAGUUCCUCCGAUACCUGGAUCAGUUCGGAAAGACUAAAGUUCACUUGCAGGGUUGUAUCUUUUACGGCCAGCCUGAGCCACCGGCACCUUGUACCUGCCCACUUAGACAAGCCUGGGGAAGCCUUGAUGCCCUCAUCGGCCGCCUUCGUGCUGCCUACGAGGAAAAUGGAGGCUCGCCCGAAUCAAACCCUUUUGCUAGCAGCUCGAUUCGAGUUUACCUACGAGAGGUGAAGGAAUGUCAAGCCAAGGCUAGGGGAAUCCCUCAUAAAAAGAAAAAGAAGACAACCAAGGGAGAAGACUCUAGCUCCACACUGCAUUUCUCUUGAUCGAUCGUUACAUAGGGGAAGGAUUCUGCAUUAGGAAAGCACUGGGUUUGUAAUUCAACGUCAACUUAUAUUAAUGUCCUAUUAAUUUCUAGUUUCAUCUGGUAUCUGUAAUCAAAAGCGCUUUCUUUAAAUAAGCUUAAAUCCUAAGACUUCGCUCCAUAUGUUUGUGGUCAUUUCAGCAAUUCAACUAAACAUUGCUUUAAGUCACACUCUUUCUCUCUCUAUAUAUGUAUGUUGCUUUUUCUCUCU